UGAGGCCCUCCGAUGCGUCUGUCUGAAGUGCCCGAGGCCAGACUUGGCCUGAACAGCCCGGAUCCGCUGGUGAGAGAAGCUUACCUGAUGGCUCAUGACUAUAUAGACUACGUAACAGCAGGAGGCGCUGACUGCUCCGAGGGCCCAGCGCCGAGUGUCUGCGCUGCAGCUUUGCGCCACGCAGGCGACGAGCUGCUGCACCGCUUCCCCAUCUUUUUCCGCCGCUGGCCUCGAGUGUUUCAGGACGUGACGGAAAAAUCAGCCUGCCCGACGCUGGUCGGCAUCCUGGACGAGCACUUCUUCCCGCCUGCGUCCCGGGGGCGCCAGAGAGACCUGGCCUGGAGUGCAGUGCUCUCUGUGUAUGUGCUGGCUGGACAGAUGGCCCUGCACUGUCAGGAGAGCAGCAUGGAGAAGGUCCUGCCGCAGCUCAAGCAGUGUGUGGGGGAGUAUGUGGAGAGGGUCAUCUGCCCCGACAUACGAGACAAAGGAGGCUGGGUGAGUCUUCCAACUAAAGCUCGGUCAAAAUUCACUUCAUGAUACGUUCUUUCUCCCGGAACCAAUUCCAUGUGCCCCAGUUGAUAACAAUGUCUGAUGAAGGAGACGAAAUGAGAUUGUCUGGAUGGACCAAAACUUCACUUUAGAAAGAGAUACCAGCAGAAAAACAAUAUUCAGAGCAGAGCGUUGACUCCACUUUGAUGAUUCAACUGAAAUGUGAUGAUUCUGGUGUCACAAGGGUCAGGAACAUCUCACAAGUUCUGAGUAGCAGGAUCAUUGAAUAAUGUCACAAUUUUACUCAAUUGAUCUUGUGUUUUUCAUAUAAAAUCUGUGUUACAUUACAGAACUUCAGCCGUUAACCGGAACUUCUCU